GGCCUAUAAAACCGGGAAAUCCGCAAAAGAUUACGCAUUAAGUGAAAGACUACAGUGGAUGUAGCAGCAAUAUACUGGCGUAAAAGUUAGAAGCUGUUUGUUCUAGGACCAUAUCAUCGCGGAGUAACUCUUUUGAUUCAAGUUACUACUGAUAGUGAUAGCUUUCUUCGAAAGAAUCCACUUCCUGAGAGUAUUUAUAGAGAAUUAUCAAGAACAGUAAGGAAACGUUCAGAAAAAACGACAGAAGAAAGCGAGAAAAAAAUCCCUGCGGGAAAUUAGUCGGACCGUUCGCUCCCCCGAAAGAAAACUUCAACAUCAGAGUAUAAAAAGAGAUAAAACAACACCUUUUCAUACAAGUGGACGAAAUGCAAUUUUCCACCGAGUUACAAUCAGAAAACAGACUCAUGUUCUACAAUUCCUCUUCUCCACCCGUACGAUGUUCCUGUGGUAAAUGCUAUCAGAGAAGCUGUACAGAUUACGAACGUCUACGUGAACGUCAAAGAGAAGAUUUCGACAAAGCUAUACGCGACAGAUACAUGUAUAGCUCUCGUACUUUUCCAUUUCCAUCCACAACAAGACAUUCGUCGGCAUUUCCUUAUCCCCUUCCUGAUCCAAGACAUUUCUAUCCAGGCUCUGCUAUACCUUCAUCCUUGCAGUACUAUGCACACGAUAGAGCUACGUCAGAAUACGCGGACGAUGCCAAUCAAGACAGCAAACGGAAAAGAACGAGAACGAUUUUCACCCCACAACAACUGGAAAUACUUGAAAAAGAGUUCGAACGACAACAAUAUAUUGUGGGCCCAGAACGACAGUACUUAGCCGCUUCAUUGAAUCUCAGUGAAAAUCAAGUGAAGAUUUGGUUCCAGAAUCGUAGAAUAAAGUACAGAAAAGAAAAUUACUAAUUAUUAACGAGUAUUUUUGAAAAUAGCUAUCGUACAGAUAAAUCGUUAUGGUAAACAAUAUUAUCAGUAAGUUUUUUUGGACAGGACAAAAACUUUGCUUUUUAGCAAUGGAGAGUCAAUACUUUAUACCACGAUUGAUUUUUCACAAUGACAAUAUAUCAUUCCCGUCGUUCUUUUAGUGCUAAUUAAAACCCGUUUACACCACGACUUUCGUAAAGGUUGCACCAAAAAAAUUAAAUGUUGGGCUGUCACAUUUUAAUUAAAAAUGUAAUGAUCAAUGCUCAAUCCAAGAUGGAAGAAAACCGGCCACUCCCACUCAUUCAUUUCAAUAUCUAGAAUUUCCUAUAAACAUUUGCGUAUAUAAUAAAGGAGUAUAGACAUUAAAUAUAUAUAGGAUAGUCAUUUCACUAUGUAGAAUUUCUUAAAUACACCAACCUAAUAAAUGAGUGUAGACAUUAAA